CUUCGCGCGAUCGUGAUGUCAGAACAAUGCUCAUGACAACAGCCCUCGCGACCUUUCUCAUACUCCUACAGUGCAGUGCAAUAUGUGUGACCAUCAAAGUCCCGGUGGUGUGGAGCGAAGGUGACAGUGAAGUGAAAAACAAUGGAUUUCAUGAUGAAGAGUUCUCAGUGGAUGUGUUCAAACCCAAUAUCCUAAAGCAGGAGCUUGUACCCGUUGAAUAUUUUCAAUACACAGCAAAAAAACCACAAUUUGCCAUCGAUAUAGCCAAUUUCCACGGUGUGCCUUCACCCGCAAGCCACUACAAAGCCUAUCCUGUGAGGCCAUAUACUGGACAAGAAAAGCCAGAUCUAGGAAAACAUCGAAUACAAGAUCAAAAUAGAGAUAUAUUUGUUCCAUUACAGAAAUACACCAAAAAUAAAUAUAACUAUAAUAGUCAAAUAACACCAACAGUUUCAAAUUAUGACGUAUAUCAUCCGUAUAAAGCAGAAGAACCAGCUUUACAAGAAAUAUACAAAGAUCCAGUGUUAGAUAAAAUACGAAACGAUUUGCGCGAUACUAGUAAACGUCUUCAAAAUUAUGAAAAAGAAGCCGGGAAACCAGAAGUUGAAAAUGAUGAAUAUCUAGAUACUCCUGAAGAAAUUGAUAGAAAAAAAGUACCGCAAAAAAAUAUUCCGGUAAAGUAUGAAACACAUAGACCACAAAGACGACCGAUCUAUUAUAGACCUCUUCCAAAAUAUCCUAACCGCGAUCAAAUUUUGAAUCAUCGAUUUAGACAUCCAUGGAAUCAAAAUUUUGUCAAAAUAAGACCAGCCCACUAUCAACCUUUGAAAAACCACUUGCAAAAAUUACGACAGCAUCAUGCUCUAACAUACGACGAUGAACAUAAUGAAUAUCCGCAAGUGCCUCUGACAGAAGAAAUUGAGCAGCCCUCUGAUGGAUACGACAUAUAUGAAAGGGGAAGACAAAACUAUGUUCAAUUAAGAAAUAAUUUAGAUGAAUCGAUUAAUCAAGCUGUAUAUAAAAAUCGUCCACUCGUGUCCCAAAAACUAGAACUACAAGCAAAUGAUGAACAUUCUAGUGAUGAAGAUGACGAAUUUGUGCCCAUCAAAAGUUUUGCUCAAGUAAGAAAAACUGAGACAACCAAACAUGUGCCAAAAGCCGCUGCAUUUGAAGAUGCGGAUACUUAUGAAGAAAUUCGUAAUGCACCACGAUUAAAAGAAGCUGUUAAAAUAACUAAAGGACAAACUGUUUAUACAGAAGAAGGAUAUGAGGAUUCUGCUUAUGACCAUGCAGGCGAGCAAAAACAUGCAUCUGAUCAUGAAGCGCAUGGUGGUUUCCUUAAAGAAAAUGAAAUUAGUAGUGGAAAAUACAAAAUACCGUCUGUAAACACCAAUCACGAUGAUGAAAACAGAUCUGCAUAUAUAAAUCAGCUGUCGCAUGGGAAAAAAUGGAGCAGCAACGAUAAAGACCUUGAGAAAGAAACAGAUUCAGAGCAAUAUACAGAAGUUGAGCAUGAGCAAUCUGAAAAUGCGGAGGAUGCUUACAGAGACAAACCGGAGUCUGAUGACAAUAGUCACAGAAAUAAAAGACAAAACGAGUUAAUUGAAAAGUCUGAUAUUACCACCAAUCAUACUGAUCAUGACGUAGACAAAAGAGAGGUUAAUUUUAAAGUACCUGAUAUUGAUCUUAAUUCAACGUUACUUACUGAAGAUGAGAUUUUAGAAAUAGUAAAAGACAAGAUUCUUAGCAAAGAUGAUAUUAAGCGUAAGUAUCCAUAUUAUUUUAAAAAUAUUACAUCCAUUCACAGAGAUUCUCCACUGAGGUAUGCUGAAAAUCUGAAACUAAUACCAAAAAAGUCAAAAGGUGGAACUGAAUUCUACGAUUCAAGGUCACCAAUAGUAUGCCCAGAAGUUGAUGAAAAGGUUGACGCAAUCCCUAAAAAGCUGAAAACGAAAGGACAUCCCGACAGCAAAGAUGACAACGACAAAUUAGAUAACGAAGAUGAAAAAGAAGAUAAAGUUGAAGAACAACCCCGACUCAAUGGACUUGGUGAUAAAAUUGAUUGUUUUAAAGCUAAGUAUUUUGGUGAAAAUCCGUUAGAUAGCCCAUUUUUCAAAGAAGAAAUUAUAUCUAAUCCAGAACCAGUUACAGCUCCUAAUCUUUUAUCCUUUAAACUAACAAAAGAUUAUACUCUUCGAAAGUCGAACAAACAAGAAAAUGAAACUGAUGAACUGAAAAAUAAAAAUUAUAAUGAUAUUUUUGAUUUGAUUAGCAAAAUGCAUAGAAAGAAAUAUGAUUUAAUAGAUACAAUUAAAAAUGAGGACAGAGAUUUAUUGCAAUCUUUGCAAACUCAGUCAAAUAUUUAUUUAAAUCGCAGUGAGUUGUCUGUACCGUCUAAUAUAUAUACGGAUAUUAUAGAAAAUACACGAAGUAUAACAACAUUAAAACCCCCAGAAUUAGAUAAAAACACUAAUGAAACAAUUAUUUACGAGUCUUUUACGAAAAAGGAAGAUGUUACUCAAAAUCCUGUUCGAACAAAACGAGCGGCGCCCUUUAUGUAUGAACCUUAUAAAAUAAUAAGAGAUGGACAAGUACAAGAAUCUAAAAAAACCACUACAACGAGUAAUAUUAGUCCACUUAUAAAGCAAUUGCAAUCCAGCCGAGUUGUAGAUAAGGUCACAAAACCGGAAAAAGAUGUUUUAAAAUGGAACAGUACUUCGAUUCGCAGGUAUAAAGAUAUAGGUAAAAAUGACAGAGUACAUUCUAAAAACGCAAGAGAAAACACCGAGUUACCUGAUACAAAAUUCAUUGAUAUUAAUGUCGAUAAACGUAGAGGUGAACCAAGAUAUGAACUAAGAGCAUUAAAUCACAAAUCAGAAUAUACGCCAGUAACAAACAAGAAAGCAAUGUCAAAACAAGACUUUGAGGCUCAUAUUAAAAAUGAUGAUUAUAAUAAAAACUUUACAUCAAGAACCUUAGAUAAUGAAUCAGUAGCCGCUUCAAAUAAUGUUCAAAGAACAUACGCUACGACUUCGUCAAGUGAUUUUACGAGUAAACAGCCUACAGAAAAUGUGACAGAUGCAGAAGAUCAUGAUGAGGAAUAUGACUAUGAAGAUGAUGACGAAGAAGAUUCCGCAGAUGAAGAUCAUACUGUAAAAACUACAACUACUUCGACAACAACUACUACUACAUUAAAACCGAUUUUUAGAAAGAAAAUAAGAACUACCACGACUACGGAAAUCCCUCCUGUAGACCAAGAAAUAAUAACCCCAAAACAUAAACUAAAAUUAGUAACAAGAUUCAGAUCGACCCCUCCUCCAGAACACAAAAAAAUUCACAUUGAUACAGAAGGAAAGUCGAAAAAUUAUAAAAACGAUGAAAGCGUCGAUGACAUAGAACUUUCUAAAUAUAAAGAGAAGAAGAAGAAAAUUACUAAAAGUACAUUAGUCACAGAUACUAAAAAAUACGGUGAUGAUGAAAAUAAUGAUGGAGACGUUGAAGAUGAUAUGAGAAAGGAAGAAGUUGAUGCUUUGAUUGGGAUUAAACAUGACAUGAAUGAGUACAUUCCUUUGUAUGAAAAAGAAGAAUUGCAAAAAAGGAAUAAAAAUCCUCAAACCGCAUCUAGUGAAGAAGAUUAUGAUGACAAUGAUAGUAGUAGUGGUGAAGAUGAUGAAGACGACGAAGAUGAUAACGAAGACGAAACCGAUGAUGACUCAAAUGAGGAGGAUACUGAAGAUGAGCAAUCAACAAUAGUUACAACUACUGAACCGACAAAACGUACUUUAGUUAAGACAACUGAUGCACCUUUAUCAACAACGCAAAUAAACUAUAACAUAGGUAAUCCUAAUAUUAAACCUACAGUAUCAAAGAAAAAAAUUGAAAUUCACAAGGAACUACCGGUAAAUAAGUCGGCCCCUCAUAUAACUCAAUUCAAGCAGGAUAUUAAAGAAGUUGAAAUCGUUAAAGAAAUACCUAGAAAAGCGACUAAUAAAACGCCUAAAAAUAAUUUGGAUCUAUUAGAACUAUACAAAGAUGAAAACUUGGCAACAAAUAUAAAUAAACUGAAAGAUGUAGAAGUGUUUAAACAAAAUUUAGAUUUAACGACUGGUCCAAAACAUGGAGGAAAUUAUAGAAGUGCUAAAUUGACGGAUUUAUUGGAAAAAACGAGUUCUGUAGGUCCUUUGCAUGGUGAAAACUUAAAAAUUGAAACUAAAGAUGAAUUAGAUGAAAAUGAGGAUGACGCAGAAACUUCACAAACUGAAUAUAAAAAAUCAAUUGAAUUCGAUUCACUGCCUCCUAGAAUGCAUGGAGGCAACUUGAAAUCUAAUAAUAAAGGUACUCAUUUUAGGCGAGCGGAUGGUAAGAAUGCAAAAUUAAUAGAACUCGUUGAAACAACAGAGAUAAUGCCAAGAGCAAGGCACGGAGGUAAUUUAAAAUCAAUUCAAGAAACUAGAAGCCGUAGUAAUAAGAAAAGUGAGAGACUGACGGAGUUAGACGAUAAUGACAAAGAUGAUGAUGAUGAUUCUAGCAGUGGUUCUUAUGGAGGAAGUUCUGGAUCGUACAGUAAAGGGAGUCGCGGGGGACGUCCAAUGCAUGGUGGAAAUUAUAGAAGUGCUAAAUUAGUUCAAGGUAAUAAUGAAGAAACAAGGCUUAAAGCUAGCAAAGAAAGUUCAAUAAAUAGAGGAAAGCCCUUGAAGGAAGCUACUGCUGCUGUGCUAUUAAAUAGUUUUGUCCAAGCAGCUCCUAUACUUACUACUACGCCUGCCUACAUUUUGGAUCCAAGCAAACGCAUGUACUAUUACGUAGAUUGAUUCGAUUGAAAUUAAAUUAUUUUGUUUUGAAUAGUGUGUAGUAUAGUAAGAAUCUUUAAUAUAUUUUUUAACUUGCUAUAACAUUAGAAAGUGCCACGAAGUGUAUUUGGUAUUGUCCAAACUAGUAGUAGAACUAAGUUACCAUGUAUUAGAUGAACAUGUGUUAUACAAAAUUACGAAACUUCUGUGAUAGAUUAAAUUUGUUUUGUACAUAAAACUUUUAUACUUAUAAUUAUUUAAUA